AUGAGCAGUGUGCCUAUAGAUUCAGACGUCCUUUCCUUGACCUCCACCAACGUCCCGCUCCUGGUCCCUAGAAAACUUGUGGUGGCUCACACGCCUGGCAUUCCUAAACGGUAUGAGCUUCUCUUGAAGCAUUUGACUUAUCUUUUGUGCUGUGACAAUGAAGGGAAGUCUUAUGUCUGUUGCUCGAAUCAAAGGAUCAUGUUUCUAAGGUGGAGUAAGGCAGACAUGUGCCUGUUUUUUGAGUGGGAAGAAGAGGAGGAGCAGAUGAUUUGCUGGAUGCAUGAUAUUGCCAACAAUGUCUGCAUGAAGUUCCUUCUUAAUCCAGCAAUAAUACAUGGAAAAAAUUUCAUCACAGCCAAACGACCCGCAAUUGCUUUUUCAUCCGAUUUGAGUAACACUGAAGUGAAAAAAAGGCUCAUUACUAUCUUUGGCUCUUCAGAGAAUGAAGAUUUACUAAAAAGUGAUCAUCUAUUUGUUUUCACCACAACUGGAUCUUCAUUAUGUUUCAGGAAUUUCAAGAUUGAUAGCUACCCUGAGUUGGACGCUACCGGUUCAUUAGUUCUCACUGAGGUUGGUCCAUUUUUCAGUUUGAAGCUUUUAGAUUCACAGGGAGACUUGAAGCAAGAUUUUGACUUGUCCCAAAAUCAGAUUGGUGAAACGCUGGAGUUAUGUUCAGCUGUGUACUAUGGCUCAAGUGAUUGUUCAGGGUCAUAUACACCUCAUCAUGUUGAGUUGCAUGGGCGAACAUUCACAGUUCUUCUAAGGAAUGAUCACAAGCUAACACUGGCAGGGCAGUACGAGGGGUUCAAUGCUUCACUCCUUGAUCUACUGUCGAAGGAACCUGCUCUAAAGAGAAAACAUAUAAUUGGGUCUUCCACCAGCAAGCAGCAUGUCUUCAUUAGAAAUAGGUUCCUAUCUAUCCUUCAGUCUGUGGUGCUUGAAUAUGUGAAUCUAUUUGCAUCAGGAAGUUGUUUUGCAUCAGAUAUAAAGUUGGACAAUGUCCUCAUAAGAGGACAUCAAAUUAAGAUAUAUGGGCUUAUGGUCAGUAAAUAUGCAAAUGAAUUGGCAGUGGGAAACGUGAGACAGCUUGAGUUCCUUAUUAGGUCCUGCUUCCCUUCAACGCUGAUACCUGAGGAAUUGGAGGAUGCACUUAAUUUUGCGGUCCAGCCUGUGUUGGAUGGUAAAGAUCCGUUGACCUGCUUGCAAGCAUUGAGUGAUGACCCAGUGUGGCUUACACCAGAACACAGAAGGACACUUCUGAUUAACCAUCAUAGUGAAUUUAUGACGAAUGUCAACAUAAGGGAUGAGCUUAGUGAUGAAGAUGCUCUCAAGUUCAAGAAAGAUUUCUUUGUAGCUUGCCCUUAUAUAGAUACAUGGAGUGAGAUUACCAUGGACAAUGAGUACUUGGUUGAGGUGGGAGAAGAUGAGGAAAUUGCCAAGGAAGUUGAUGGUAUGGAGGAUGUAGAAGAAGAUGCAAUUGCAAUAAAAAAGAGAAGCCAAAAGAAGCACAAAAUGAGGCAAGCUAGCAAGGGUGUAAAGAAGAGGCAGAAGAGGCGAAAAGACGGCAAUAAAGGCACGAUUCAGCUCAACUUUAAGAGAAAAUUUUUGAUGCAUAUGCCUGAAAAGGCAAACAAGGAUGGUAUCAUUCCUUUUCGGUUGGGCCUGUCAGAUAGGAUCCUAACAUCCUACUACCCACUGUAUCUUGCUUUCAUUCAUAGGAAAAUGUCAUCAAGGCGAAAAUUGAAGAAGAGGAAGAAAUAA